CCAGUGCACGCAGAGAAGCAGAUUUGCGUCCUGCUCACCCAAACUGCGUGCUUUUCUCUGCCCCCCCAUUAACUGCGCCACAUUACCAUCGUCAGCUGAAACGGACGCGGAGAGAGCGCGGACCAAGCGAAGCAAGCAGCACAUCUCACGCCGCAACUCGCAAGCGCAUACACACCACCACCGCCAGACCAGCCGCCAAAACAGGGAGUGGUGGAGUGAGCAGCGGAGCUCUGCUUCCGGCGCACCACCGAGGACCGACCUCCAGAGCGCGGCCAGAUGGGCGUCGGCGGCAUUCCCUGCCGCCCCCGCCCCCUCCACCUCGCCGCCGCCGCCGUCCUGCUCCUCGUCCUCCUGACGCCGCGCCCGGCGUCGUGCGCCGACCUGUACGCGGUCGUCUACAAGGGCUGCGCCAACCAGACCUUCGCGGGGGGCAGCCCGCCGCCGACCGUCGCGGCGCUCUCCUCGGCGCUCGCCGCGCAGUCCGCCUCCGCCAAGUUCUACAAGACCUCCUCGGCCUCCGCCUCCUCCGCCUCCGCCUCCGUCUUCGGCCUCUUCCAGUGCCGCGGGGACCUCUCCGGCCCGGACUGCUCCUCCUGCGUCGCGCGCGCCAUGUCCUCCUGGCGCGACCUCUGCGGCGGCGCCGUCGCCGCCCGCGUCCAGCUCAACGGCUGCCUCGCGCUCUACGAGAUCUCCGGCUUCCCCCAGGUCUCCGGCGUCCAGAUGCUCUUCAAGACCUGCGGCUCCGGCGGGGGCGCCGCCGCCGCGGACUUCGAGACCCGCCGCGGCACCGCCUUCAGCCAGCUCGAGGGGGGAGCCGGCUCCAGCGCCGGCGGGUUCUUCGCUACCAGCUUCCAGCAGGUGUACGCGCUGGCGCAGUGCGAGGGCGACCUCUCCAACGUCGACUGCAGCAACUGCGUCACCCAGGCCGUGCAGCGCGUCGCCGUCGAGUGCGGCGGCGCCCCCUCCGGCCAGGUCUACCUCGACAAGUGCUACAUUACCUACAGCUACUACCCCCACGGCGUGCCCCAUGGCGGCGGCGGCGGCCUCGGAGGGCAGCAGACAGCCAAGACUGUAGCCAUCGUGCUGGGUGGAGCCUUGGCCCUGGGUUUCCUGGUCAUCUGCUUGCUCUUCGCCAGAAGCCUGGUCAAGAAGAAGGACGAUUACUGACCUGGAAGCAUGGAGGGAGGGAGGGAGGAGCUAGGUAGCAACUGGACAAAGGAAAGCAUUGGGGCAUGGUGUGCAUUUUCGAGAGGGGCGUUGGACGGUGGUGGUGAGUGGGAUACAGAGGGGACUGUUUUUUGGCUCUUGUUCCUCUGGCCAUGUGGCGUGAGGGGUGCCAUACCAUACCCACAUCGCAUGCAGUGCAUGAUGAGGGAGAGGGGUAAAAAGGAGAGGAGGCAAGUUCAGAAAAGAGACUGUUCUUUCCUUUGGGGCUGGUUGGGGCUCAUGUGAAUCGAUUGGAAUGGAACAUGUUUUUGUCUAUGGGCUGUAGCAUGUAGUAGUAGCAGUACUACCACCUUGGCUGCCUCUCUUAAUUUAGGGCUCUAGGAGUACAUUGGUUCUAAUCUUCUGUAUUUAUUUUUUCCUGAAAGGAAAUUGCUUCUAGGUCUAGGCAGAAAAGUAAUCUAGUCUAGUCUAGUCUCCUGUGAUCCUCUAGUAAGGGUUUGCAGCUAGCCGCAGAUUCAGACUCUGACCUGGUUGGAUAGUUUUCAUGGCAACUCUUCUAAACCGGCAGUAAUAUCUAUACCCCCUA